GCGAGAUGGGGAGGAGCCUGAAUCCUCAGUCGACUCUGCCUCUAGGCUGCCUCUAAACGGAUUCUUCUCUUUUCUCAGCUAGUUCAAUCGUCUACAGAACUGUUACAAUGUCGUCGCUUGGUAACAUCGGCAACAUCAAUCCUAUUUUCCUCGAGCAUUGCGUAGAUAUUGCUAAGCAAACUGUGAUACCUUUCAAGUUCGACAAGCUCGAUGUCAAUUCUGCUCGGUCGCGUCUCACCGACCACUACCCUGACGCCUUCACGGACACUUACGGCACGGUCAGCGGGGCUCCAUUCGUUUACAAGACGGGUCAGCCCUGGCCUAAACGCGUGGGCGGUCCCGAAGCGCAGCCUUUCAUCCGCGAGACGCGCCCAGUGUAUAACCACCCCAUCACGCCCUUCUGGCCCAAGUUCCUCAGGCAUGCCGAGGCAUACCUCAACUCUCAGCUCAGCGUCAAGGUCACCGCAAUCACAGGCUUCGGCUUCGCCAACACGGGAGAGACGACGGCGUUUUGCCCGCUCCUGGUUACCAUCGGCGUGCCGCCCAACUCUCUCGCCUUUGAGGAGGCCAAGACCGCUGCUGACUAUGUCAAGGGUACUAUCCUUAGCCAGGCCGGCUUCCCCGACAUCGACGUUGCUGUCCGCGAGUGGACGACGAGCCUGUCGGGUCGUGGCCCCAAGCUCCCGUCCCUCGAUCCCCUCGUCGACCCCGUUGCCGAGUUCCGUCAUCCUUUUGCAUCCACCCUUGGCCUCUACGUAGCGCCGCUCAAGACGCCCUACUUUGAGGGCACCGUAGGCCUUUAUCUCCGCCGCAGCAGUGACAGCGACGACGUCCUCGCUCUCACGGCUGCCCAUGUCGCUCGCCCUCCCCCCGUGUACCCCAACACGGGCUUAUCGCAGACAAAUAGCAUCCGGCGUCGCGAGGAGAUCAUCUCCCUUGGUGGCAAGGCCUACGAGGACGCCACCACCAAUAUUAUGUCUAGGAUCGGCACCCUCCACGAAAUCAACGCUUCGUCGGAGAAGAAGAUCAGUAGGCUGCAACCGCAGCAGGAGGAAGGCAGGGGAGACGCCGUGGCGGUCGCCGCGGCGCUCCUGGAGGCCCAGCAGGAUGUGGUUAGGACGACGAGGAAUAUCGUACAACUGGACAGCCUUCACAGCGAGGUUACGAAGCUCAUGACGAACCCGAAGCAGCGACCCAUUGGCUUCGUCCUCCACGCCGACCCCAUUGGCGUCUCCGAUGGACCCGACGGAUAUACGAUCGACUGGGCCGUCAUCCAGCUCAACUGGGACGCUUUCGACUGGGACGAAUUCAAGGGAAAUCAAAUCUAUAUCGGGGACAAGAUCAAGGAGGGUGAAUACCGCGACCUCAUGUACCCCAACUACUCGGACCGGGCUGACUACAAGUACCCGCAGGAUGGGCUCCUCCAGAUCUACGGCUUCGUACCCGAGAGCGAGAUUCGCCAGCCCAAGCAGCUUAACGUCCACGGUGACAAAGCGAUGCCGGUCAUCAAGAACAGCUUGACCACGGGCACUACCGUCGGCUGGGUCAACGGACUCAAAUCCCUUGUUCGUUACCACGACGACUAUGACCUCGAGUUUACUGCCCUCGAGACUACCAUCGUGCCCUACGGCGGGCGUGGCGCCUUCUCCGACAAAGGCGACUCUGGCGCCAUCAUCCUUGACAGAGGAGGCCGUAUCGUCGCCGUGCUCACCGGUGGUGGCGGCUCGACCGAUGAGAUCGACAUCACCUUCGGUACCGCAUGGUAUGAACUCGAGCCGCACAUCAAGAAGGCCUUGCCCGGCUGCUACCUCUACCCGGUCGUCCCUGACACCAACAGUCCCGAUAUAUAAGUCCGCACGAUCCGUGACUUUUGGUGUGACUCCCUGUGAUUCUGUGACUCCUUGUGACACUGUCUCAAAGCCUGAACGCACCUCCUGUCCUCCUGCUUGUUCAACAUGUCUUCUUUAUCUGGCGGCUCCUCCCCUCUGAAAGCGGAGGAAAUCAUCGACUCCACAUUCGAAAAGAUGGCAGAGAUUCCAAAGGGGGGCUUCGCGCUGUCUCCGGAACAUACACACUCCCGGGGCACUCGAUCGCCUACCAUCUAUGAUAGGCAUCUACCUG